AUGGAGUCUUCACGCUACUACGAAGAUCGUAAUUGGAAGGGCACACCUAGUAGCUCACGCAGAACUCAAGUGACUCAAACGAUUAAGGAUGAUCUAUCUAAUUAUUCGUUCAAAGAGAUAUGUGUUAUAAUGUAUGGAUUUUUGUGUAUAAAAGACAUAUAUAGACGUGUACGUUGUAUAAUAUGUCGUAAAAGGACAUACACAGAAUAUCCGAAGGCAAUUGUAACACAUUUUAAUUCAGAACACAGUGAUAUUAUGAGCGAAUCGUAUAACCAUGUAGUUAGAUUGUUGCGAUCGAAGGUCAACCAGAUGACGUACUGGCGUUACCCUAACGGGAAAGGCAAUAUCCGAAAAAUCAACUAUCGGGAUCGAAGCACUAUUUAUGUCAUAUGCCGAAAGAUUGUCAAAGACGUGAUGCCUUAUCUAAUAACAGAAACUAUGAUCAAGCUACCUGAUCUUGAAGACAUGCUCGAAGUAAUCGUAAAAGAUACUGCGGAGAAUAGAACAGAUGAAUUGUUAUUUAACUGCGUAAGAAAUAUGUCCUCUGACAUUAAGGAACAAUUGAUCGAAAAGGUACGCGAUAAGAAAUUUUCGCUACAGUACGAAGUAACCGAGGAUUACGAACUUCUGAUUAACAUCAGAUUCUUGAACGAGAAUCGUGUCGUCGAACACUUCUUAUCGUACACGAAAUUAUCCACGACCGCGACUGGAUUGGACAUAUUCAACUGUAUAACAACGAGGUUGGGAGAACAUAUGCUGUGUUGGGAGAACUGUGUAUCGUUAUGCGUCGCUGGGGUGUCAGUAAUGUGCGACAGGAUCGGAGAAUUUUAUUGCAAGUUGAACGAAAGUUGUCCGACCAUCGAGUACACGAAGUGUUUCACGUUCCGAGAUGAAAUUCUGAUGGAGAGGAUGCCUAUGGAGCUGGAGCAAGUACUAGAUUCGGUAGCCGAGAUGGUUAGGUACAUCGUAUCCUCACGAGUUGGAUUAAAAGUGUUGAAGGCCCUGUGCGAGGUUGUGGACCCUUAUUAUGAAACGAUGAUCAUUCACACCGAUUACUGGAUGUUCAAUAGCGAACUACUCGCAAAAUUCUACGAACACAGAAACGACUUGGCAGACAUUUUUGGUGAUAAAAAACCUGCCUUUGCGGUCUUACUUAAAGACAAAGAAUGGUGUUCAAAACUUGCAUAUCUAGUUGAUAUUUUUGACUGCUUGUACGAAAUUCUCUUGCCCGGCUCGGAGGAAAAUGAUCACAUCAUACGUUGGGAGAUCUUGCUGCAUCUUGCCAUAGAAGAAAUUGGAUCGUGGGAAAGUGAUAUUAAAAACAACGAUUUUCAGAUGUUUCCUAGUUUGUCUGAUACUGACAUGCGUAAUAUUUAUCCUUUAGUUUUAAAGCAUCUUAAGAUUCUGCAGGAGAUAUUACCACGAUAUUUACCUACCUUCGACACAAGGGAAUACAGAUGGAUCUGUGACCCCUUUAAAGUUCGUGCACAAUCGGUAUCAGUUUUUUUGAGAAAUGAAGCAACGGAAUUAGCAAGUCUUCAAUCUGAUUUUGUUCGUAAGCAAUUGUUUGAGAAAACAUCACUACCUGUAUUUUGGAGUUCGGUGAAAUCAGUGUGCCCUCAUUUGGCAAAUAUUGCUCUACACAUGUUACUACACUUUUCAUCAGCGCGGUUACUUGACCGGGAACACUCCGAGAUGCUAAAUAUUAAGUACAAGAGUGUCCUAAAUCCAAUCAUCGUUGAAGAUGAAUUACGUGUGCGUGUGUCAUGGAUUUUACCUCGUGUACAUUUAUUGUGUUGGAAGUGGGAGUGUAAUGGAGCCACUAUGAUUGACGCAGAUUAA